UAACUAACACACACACACAGAGACAUCUACAUGUCAAUACACAAGUAAUGUUAGCUGCGUAGCUUGUCAGUUAACAGCCUUAGCGGGUUUCUGCGUGUUUAUUUAAAGUAUUUCUUUUUUUUAAAAACGCGUAGUAAUGACAAACGAAGAAGAAGACGGUAGUCGUCAGUUUUAUACGUGUAACUGUUUCACCACUGAUAAUAUCUUCCUGGAGGACUACAGGCUCCAUGUCCGCUUUGUGUCCGAGCAGCAGUUCAGACUGGACUACCAGACAGUGCUCAGGAGGCUCGGCUGUGUGACAGAGCAACAGUUUGAGGAUGUGUUCAACAAGAUUUCACAGGAAGUGGACAGACGAAGGCGUCUCAGCGUGACAUCUGCAGAGAGAGCUGAUGCUAUAAAAGACAUGUACCAGCCUCUCCACCCCUAUGUGUACCAUCUGCAGGACUCCCACCUCGCUCCGGAGUUCAGACAGAUCGUUGAGCGAUGUCGAAGUGCUGACAUCGGAGAAGAAGCUCUCACUGACUUGUUGGAGGAAGAGGCAGCUUCAAGGGUUUAUCGCUUCCCUGUGUUUACCAAAACCUUUUGUGAGGACCUGGUGGAGGAGCUGGAGCACUUUGAGCAGUCCUCCGCCCCUAAAGGGAGACCCAACACCAUGAACCAUUACGGGAUCCUGCUGAAUGAACUGGGCUUUGAUGAAGGUUUCAUCACGCCCCUCCGUGAGCUCUACCUGCACCCCCUCACCUCUCUGCUCUAUCCGGACUGUGGGGGGCGCUGUCUGGACAGCCACAAGGCCUUUGUUGUUAAAUAUGACAUGAAGGAAGACCUGGACCUGAGCUAUCACUAUGACAACGCUGAGGUCACCCUGAACGUUUCCCUGGGGAAGGACUUCACAGAGGGCAACCUUUAUUUUGGUGAUAUGAGACAGGUGCCUUUAAGUGAGAUGGAGUGUUCAGAAGUGAGACACAGGGUGAGCGAGGGCCUCCUCCACCGGGGCCAGCACAUGCACGGGGCCCUGCCCAUCUCCUCCGGCCAGCGCUGGAACCUCAUCAUCUGGAUGAGAGCCUCACAGGAGCGUAAUAAACUGUGCCCCAUGUGCAACAGGAAGCCAGCGCUGGUGGAAGGGGAGGGCUUCGCUGACGGCUUCACCAAACACUCUGACGCUCUGCUGGACACUUCCUGUGUGUUGACGUGAUGCUUCCUGCUGCUGUCAGCCUUUAAUAACGCUUUAAUACAGCUUUAAUACUGCUUUAAUACUGCUGUUAAGCUGCUGUGUGUGUGAUUGGAGAGUUGUGACUCAAGCAUCCCGAGGUGGCAGUAUCCAAACACAAAACAUGCUGCUACUACUGAUUGAUGCUGCAGGAAGAAAUUCAUUUGAAAUUAUUUAACCCUCUAUGGCAGCUAUUCUCAACCUUGGGGUCGGGACCCCAAUUGGGGUCGCGAGAUGAUUUCUGGGGGUCGCCAAAUCAUUUUGGAAGUCAGCUCUGUCUUUUUGGUCAUUUG